AAUGAGAAACUCCCCCUUACUCUUCCUUCCUCCUGUCUGGCCUCCUGGCUCUCUUUGGGUCCAGGUUCUUCUCUGCUGGGACUUAGCAUCUGGGAUCCCCUCUGUAGGGCCUUUGGCCUCAGGGAUCAAGGGAGCCAGCUCCCAAGCAGCAGCAGGUUUGUUAAUGAAUCCUAGAAGCAGCACUGAUUUAUCCCCUGUGGUUGUCCAACACCAGGGGACCUGCAAAAGGAGGGGAGAGCCAGCCCCUUCCCUGGGGAACUCACUUUGAGUGGGCCCACAAGAUCCACACUAAUAGAACAAUUAGAGAACUGGUGAGGAUUAGAAGGUUCUACCAGCUCAGAGAGGCUCCCUAAGCGCAAUGUCCCACACAUCUGAUAGGUGCAAAAGACGCACCCCCCAGAGCUUCGCUUCAGUCUAGAGCUCAGGCUUGGCACUUCGAGGAGGGAGAGCUGGGAUCCGGUUGAGGGGUGAAGGCGCUGAGUCUCUCUGGACUGGGGAGGGGGAAGGAGCAGCGUAUCAAGAGAACUCUGUUUUUUACAGGGCGAGGGGGAGGGUAUCGGGUCUGGGACCCCAUUUUCGUCGCAUCUCCGGGGCCGCAGACGGUCCAUACCGCCCGCAAGGGGCCAGAGUCCCAGGGGAUUCCCAGGUCCCGCUGGUGACAGGCAGGGCUUCCGUGACCUCAUAGGCGAAGCCCCGCCCCGUCCUCCCCUUGGGGCGGGGCUCCGAGCGCCGGGGCCAGACCCGCGCCCCCAGAGGCAGCCUAGCCCUGUCCCUACACCGCCUGGGACGCGCCAUGGGACAGCUGAUCUCCAAGUUGAUGGGCGUCUUCGGGAAUCAGGAGCACAAGGUUAUCAUCGUGGGACUGGACAAUGCAGGAAAGACCACCAUUCUCUACCAAUUCCUGACCAAUGAAGUGGUCCACACGUGUCCCACCAUCGGUAGUAAUGUGGAGGAGAUUGUUCUGCGGAAGACCCACUUCCUCAUGUGGGACAUAGGGGGGCAGGAGGUUGUGCGCUCCACCUGGAACACGUACUUCUCCAACACUGAGUUCAUCAUCCUUGUGAUUGACAGCACAGACCGUGACCGGCUGCUGACCACACGGGAGUUGCUGUAUAAGAUGCUGACCCAUGAGGCUCUGCAAGAUGCAUCAGUCCUGAUCUUUGCCAACAAGCAGGACCUGAAGGGCUCCCUGACCACCACGGAGAUCUCUCAGUUCCUCACCCUCAGCGCCAUCAAAGACCACCCGUGGCACAUACAGGGCUGCUGUGCCCUCACCGGGGAAGGGUUAGUGGCUACCCCUCCUGGAGCUCUAGGACCUGGUCCAACCAAUGGACAGCUGACUGUCAGAUUCCUUCUCCUGUUUCUCGCCUUCAAAACCAGGCUCACAGUUGGCUCCUGGGCCAAGUCAGUUUAGCACCCCGCUCAGCUCCGAUGCUGUGGGCUUCCCGCCGGGCUCCAGUGGCUGCAGUCCCAGGCCACUGCCAAGUGAUGCCACAGCCUGAGGCAAACCAGAUACUUCAGGGGUUUUGCAUGCACAAUGUGGAUGGAAAACCUAAGUGACUAUUACUUGUCUAUGAUUUCUGGUGGGAGCAGGGGCAAGCUGUGGAAGUAAGAUUGCCACCAUCUUCCCAAACCCCACUGAGGAGCUGGACUGCACACCCUGAAUGGUUGUAGACAGGACAGCAGAAAAAGUUGCCCCUUCACUCCAUGGCUGCAAGUCCUUCUUGGAGAUACCAGGGAAGCUGUUGGAUGUGCUGGGGAAUUAGGAAACAGCCCCCUAAAUUCAGCCCUCAACCUCUCUGUAGGAAAAAUGUGCAGGAAAUAUGGGGAUGGGCAGAGUAAGAGACUCCUGGAAAUUCCAUUUCCUAGACGCCCCUCUCUCCAGCUUUGUGGCCCUCAGCUAUCUUUGUCUCAUACCCUCUGCACAAAGAAUAUUCCAGAAGGCCCAAGGGGUGGGCUCAGGGGGCAGAGCCAAAAGCGGGGAGGGAAGAAGGAGGACAGGACAUUCCUGACAAGGAAACCUGAUGCUCCCUUUGCACUGCAGGGAGUUCCACUCCUCCCCCCUCUUCCCAUUCCCUCUGAGAUGUCAGCUCUGGCCACAGCUUUUGAGCUUUAAGCUACUACCCCAUAGUACCUCCUUCACCCUGAAUGCCUUUCCAAUGUGAAUCCCACUCCUCCCAAAUGUCCCAGAUUCCCACAAGGCCUGCCUAUUUUGUCUGUCUUUUUGUAAUUUUUUUUUACAGUAUAUUAUACAUUUUUUACAUUAUAUUCUAUUUUUAUAAAAGUGUAAUAGAUGCCAUUGAAAA